AGCCUUUCUUGCUCUCCUAUUUUUGUACGUUAAAGAACUUCUGACGAACUUCUCGUUUCUCGAUAAGUUCCAUUCGCACCACCAUUCACUUUUCUUUUCUAAAUUCUUUCAAGUCCCUUCACUGCGGCAUUGCAUUCUAAUUGAAUUUCUAUUUUUUUUUGUUUUAAAAAGCCCAAGGAUCCGCGUUAUUAUUGUAUUAUUUUUUGAUGGUUUCACGACAAGAAGAGAAAAAUCCUCGACGCAACGCGCAACUAGCAUCAGCCAUGAAGUUCACUCUGCAAGCUGUGCUCUUCUUCGCCUUCCCAGCGUUGGUCACUGCGAUGGUGGCGUCGUUGCUGGUUCUUGGCUCGGCAGAACUGUGGAACCCGGAGAGGGACAUCAACGUCUUCGCGCGCAAUUGCGGCCCCGCUGGCCCGUGUGUGCGCAUCACUUCCGGUCCCAUUGAUCGACUCGUGGUGGACCACGUUGACUUCGAGCGCGACACUGUCGGCGACGUGAUCAAGCGCAUUCCGGCGUGGUUUGGCAGCCAGGCCCGCCCGCUGGGCCUCACCGCGCACAACCUCCUCCUGCGGGAGGAUAUGCCGCUGCGUAACCAAAGCCUCUCGGCGCUGUCUCUCAUCACGCUCGUCUCGAUGAAGGAGAUGCGCAUGUAG